UGUUACUGAACAUACAGUGAUUGUUAGUAAGAGCCAGCGAGGCAUCUGUAUUAUACCAGAGACUCAUUUAAAGAGAGCUGUGCUGGGUCCACAUAGAAAUCAAGGCAUACAAGUCAUACUAGGUCAGAAGACUUCAGAAGACUGAAGUUAUCUUUGUGUGAACCAUGGACUGUCACAAUCAGGAGGACUGCAGCCGACCCCAGGAGGAGGAGGACAUCAUGGACAUCCCCCUGGAUGACCCCGAGGCCAACAGGGCUGCUGCCAAGAUCCAGGCUGGCUUCCGAGGCCACAUGACCCGUAAGAAGAUGAAGCCGGAGGACAAAGCAGAAGGGGAGGAGGUGAGCAGCACUGGGGAUGUGCUCAACGGCAGCCAGGGGGACACAGAGACAGGAGGAUCGGGGGCAGUAGAGAGAGACGACACAUCUGUGCCAGAGCAGUGACACCCCUGUCCUGACCUGGAUGAAGAAAAAGAGGGGAAGCAAGGUAGCGAGAGAUGGCUGGCAUAAGCCUGCUGGGCUGGCUUUCAGGCACACCUUUUUACCCCAGGAGUCAUUUUCUUUUUCAACACAAAUUAGCAGUAGAAAAUGACAGUUAUGAGGGUGUGCUAUGUGAAUUUUGUGAACUUUAACACUCCUUCUCUGCUUUCUCCAGCAGUACGGAUGUCUUUGACCCAGAAUUUGCAACUCACUGCAUGUACUUGUGAAACUUCUGGUAGUGUGCUAGUUUUUAGAUGAUCUGUGAAUGUGAAAAUGAAUGUCCUCUAAAUGCUAAACAGGGCUUGUUUUGGAUGGAUCAGUUCAUACCAUCUGUGUAUAAAUCCUUGUACACAUCAACAUUAGGCUUUGCGUAGUUAGUGGCUUGAAUUAUUUAUUUUGCAUUGUUUUCUGGUGUGCUUGUAUCUUGACUAUUAUUUACCGAUUUCACUUGCUUACAAAAAUUAUUAAAACAUCAAAAACAUCAAAAGAGAGGUAGCUAUGUAUGUUCUAUUUAUAAAUUACUUACUUUGGAUCGCAAUUGCCUUGAUUAUGUUUCUGAUCACAUAAGUUCUCUUUCCACCUUUUCAAGGAUUUUCUAUAAAUCUGAUCUUCCAGAAUAGAAAGCAUGCAGUAAUUACACUUUUUUUCACAAUUGCAUUUGGUACAGCUUUACCUUACGAGACACUGGUUCAAUAUGCUCCUUUGUUGUGUUGGUGGGUUUGACUUGUUAAACCAGGUGUGUGAAAUUACAUUGUCAGCGUUUGCAGAGCUUUCAUGCUUUAAAACUAAUUGAAUAGUACAUUGCUACUUACUUUGCUGUAGAGUCAUGGCAUUACACUAAUAAAUCCACCUUAAAUAUACGGUGAAAUGUCUGUAUUAAACUU